UACAUUGAAUAUACCCAUAACAUAAUAUAGGCUUUUACAAUGUUUUUACUGUUUGCGGUAUUUUUCUGAUCCUAAAAUACACUUUUUGAAAUUUGAGUUAAACACCUAAAAUACUUUAAAAAGUGCUAGUAAAAAUAUUGUUGUUAAGUCCUAUAAUAAACACAGGGCUUGAAGUCAAAGAACUGUAAAAUUGGCGACCUAUUUCCUUUGUAAGCAGUUUAUUUUGAGUCUGUGAAUUGUGCUAAGUCAAAAUUGCGCUGGAUAAAAAAAUGCAAAACAUUGCGAAGAUGAUAACAGAGCAGCUUCGCAAUCCAAAUGAGCUAGACAUAAGCCUGAGAAUGGAGUUCGGGCCUUUUGAAACUAUCCACAAGUGGAAACGUAUGUCAGAGUGCUAUGAAUUUGUUGGAGCAAGGAGAAGUAAACACACAGCAGUUGCUUACAAGGAUGCCAUCUAUGUGUUUGGGGGUGACAACGGCAAGUCCAUGCUGAACGAUCUCAUCAGGUUUGAUAUCAGAGAGAAAUCAUGGACUAAGACUCUGUGCAUGGGCACUGCUCCUGCACUGAGGUACCAUCAUUCAGCCGUGGUUCACAGAUCUUCUAUGUUUGUGUUUGGUGGCUACACGGGUGAUAUCUUAGCCAACUCCAACUUGACCAACAAGAAUGAUCUAUUUGAAUACAAGUUCCAAACUGCUCAAUGGGUACAGUGGAAAUUUACAGGACAAGAGCCAGUACCCCGAUCGGCGCAUGGGGCUGCAGUGUAUGACGAUAAGUUGUGGAUCUUCGCAGGCUAUGAUGGAAAUGCACGCUUAAAUGACAUGUGGACUAUUAACUUAGUGGGUGAAAACCAUCAAUGGGAGUCUGUGGAGCAGAAUGGAGAAUGUCCGCCAACGUGCUGCAACUUCCCGGUGGCGGUGGCUCGCGGCAAGAUGUUUGUGUUCAGCGGACAGAGCGGCGCCAACAUCACCAAUUCCCUAUACCAGUUUGACUUUGAAACGCACACAUGGAGUCGCGUGAGCACGGAGCACCUGCUGCGCAGUGCGGAGCCAGCGCCGCCGCGGCGCUACGGCCACGUAAUGCUGCACCACGGGCGACACCUGUACGUGUUCGGCGGCGCCGCGGACAGCACGCUGCCCUCCGACCUGCAUAGCUACGACCUUGACACGCAGAUGUGGUCAUUGGUUCAGCCGGCCCCGGAUUCCCAAAUUCCGCCAGGUCGCCUAUUCCAUGCGGGUGCAGUGGUCGGGGACGCGAUGUACAUUUUCGGUGGCACCGUCGACAACAACAUACGCAGUGGCGAUCUGUAUCGCUUCCAGUUGUCUAACUACCCCCGGUGCACUCUACAUGAUGACUUUGGCGGCAUUCUCAAGUCUGAACAGUUCUGUGACGUCACACUUUUGGUCGGAGUGGAUAAAACUGCGGUAUUCGCUCACCAGGCGAUGUUGGCCGCUCGAUCCCAGUACUUAAGAGCUAAGAUCAAAGAAGCAAAAGAAAAUUUAGCCAAGCGCAUAGCAGAAGGUGAAGAGGAAGCGACGGCGCAAUGCUCAUACAAAUCCCGGCCACAGCUGACGGUCACAUUGCCCGAGGCAACACCAGAGGCGUUGCGCAUGAUCCUCAAAUAUAUCUACACGGAUGGAAUCGAUCCUACGGAAAAAGAUGAAGACCCGGCGUCGCCUGCGACCAUCCUGCUGGUGAUGGAAGUGCUCCGCCUCGCGCUGCGCUUCAACAUCCCGCGCCUGCGCUGCCUGUGCGCGCGCUACCUGCGCGCCAACCUGUGCUACAUCAACGUGCUGCAGGCGCUGCACGCGGCGCAUCACGCCAACCUCAGCUGCAUCAAGGAGUAUUGCUUGCGAUUCGUGGUGAAAGACUACAACUUCACGGCGAUCGUGAUGUCGCCAGAGUUCGAGCAGAUGGAGCAGAAGCUGAUGGUGGAAGUGAUCCGUCGCCGCCACCAUCCGCUCCCCAAGCUGCCCGCCAGCCACGAACCAGAGGAAGAGGUCGUCGGAACAACAUUGGAGCAGGACAUGUGCGUAUUCGUGGGCGGCGGGGGCUCCGACUUGGCCGAUGUGAAGUUGCGAGUGGCGGGCGCCAUGAAGCCGGCGCACCGCUCCAUACUGGCCGCGAGAGCUGCGUACUUUGAGGCCAUGUUCCGAUCCUUCUCCCCGCAGGAUAAUGUCGUUAAUAUACAAAUCUGCGACACGGUGCCAUCGGAGGAGGCGUUCGACUCCCUGCUGCGGUACAUCUACUACGGCGACACCAACAUGCCCACUGAGGACUCGCUGUACUUGUUCCAAGCGCCUAUCUAUUAUGGUUUCACCAACAACCGUCUCCAAGUUUUCUGCAAGCACAAUUUACAGAGCAAUGUCUCUCCAGAGAACGUUCUUGCUAUUCUGCAGGCUGCCGACCGCAUGCACGCCGCUGAUAUCAAGGAAUACGCGCUCAAGAUGAUCGUGCACCAUUUUGAAGUUGUGGCUCGUCAAGAAGCAAUCAAGAACCUCGCGCAGCCUCUGCUGGUGGACAUGAUCUGGGCGCUGGCAGAGGAGCCUCGCUACGACACGCCGCUGCCCAUGCAGCCGCGCUCCCUCCCCGCGUCCUCCUCCGCAGACGCCCUUACCGACGACCCAGACUACGUGCGAUAUCGGUGCAACAAGUAGACAAGACGGAAGAUAACUUCAUGGAUCGUCGUAGUCUUUUCAACCGAUAGACGUUCAUAGUUGCACGUAGGUCUCAUGCAAAGAUCUUCAAAUAAAUGUAGUUUUUGUCAGGAAAAAUUGAACUACACAGACGUUCUGGUUAUAGUGCAUAGAACGCUUCAUAUUUCCAAUGGAAGUGUUUUUUUUUAACUGGUGUUACAGCACUGGGUUCUUGCCAUUUUGAACCUAAUGCAAGUGAUUGAGAACCACACCCAGCCUUUGCUGAUGGACAUAAAUCUGGACACUGGUAGAAUAGCUUCUCUUUCAUAUGUUAUGAAUCGUCAUAAUCGUUCAUCCUAUCUACUGUAGAAUACAUCUUGCGAUGCUAUAUAGUGGUUAUAAAAUAAAUCAUCAAGACGUAAUAUUAUCCAUACUAAUAUUAUAAAGAGGUAAAGUUUGUAAGUUUGUCUGUAGGAAAUAAUCUCUGGAACUAUAGAACAGAUUUUAAAAAUUCUUUCACCAGUUUAGAAAGGUAUAUAGAUCAUUCCAGUGUGAAAGACUAUAUUUUAUUUACAAAAAAGUUGGAGAUCCUAUGAAAAUUGCAAUAUACUACCCGUGCGAAGCUGGGGUGGGUGAGAAGUCUGUUAUAGAAUAAAAAUUUGUCUUAUGGCAUAAUAAAAAUAUUCUAAUGAAUGCACACAAACUUGUGGGUGUGUGUGCAUUUGUAAAGAAGUGUGCACGAGUAUGUUAACUUACAUACUACUGCAUAAAUGUCUAAUGACUGUGUGCAGUGUGCACCUGCAACACACAAUGUUAGAGGGAGACACUUGUUGCAAGACUGCAAGAGAUACUUCUAUGUAUGGACCCUUUCAUAAUACUUGCAGCUUGCAGGCCGAUAUUGCUUCGCAAGAACAAUGUUGCCCUUUAGUACUUACAAGCACAAAGAAACUAAUAUUGGUAUCUUUUUUGUUGAAAU